AUCCUGGUAACCACUGAUUUCUACACGUUGCUCGUACGAAUAGGCCUAAGCGCUAGUUGAACUGAACUGGUGCUGUGCUCUUAAACUAGAACGCGGAGGCAAAUUUGGCACAUAACCAUCCUCCUAUUGUCUCUCUUUGUAGCAUCACCCUUCGAGCUAACAUUGGCACACAUAUCCUGGUUCUUAUCACAUCCUCCCAACCUACAUGCCUGUUGACGCUCUUCACCUCUAUUGUCUCGUCCAGUUCCAACACACAUACAUAUACGCACAACACAAGACUGGCGGCGACUUUGUGAUACUACUGACAACAUACAAAAGCAUGGUGUCGGCGCGCGUCGUCAAGUCUCCUUCUCUUCAUCACUCGUAUCAUUCUCCCUUCUCUCUGCACUGCUGUAGGACGAGACAGGCGCUCCGUCGACAAGUUAUAAUCUCCUGGUAACUUUGGCCUUGACUGCUGGCAGUCCUCGUGCUCUUGCCUCUGUACAACUUAGUCCGCUCACGAAUCUAAUACGACAAUUAUGUCUCCUACGAUCCGCGUCCUCUCCUAUGGGCCGCUAACUCACGAUCUACUCGCAAGAGAUGAACAAGGCACACAAUUUGCAUCUACUCCAGUAGAAGCAGUAGUCGUUCCCGUCGUCAUUCUCCUCCGUGAGCUCCAAUUAUUCCCAUCCUCGAAUGAGGUACAGUAUUCCCAGGAAAUACAAACUCACGAAUGUAUAGUCUUACUAAUUGGUGCCGCUAUCGCCUCGGUCUUCUCAUAUUGGAGGAAGAGGAACGACCGUGAUCGGCUCAUCAAAGCUUCGACGCCAAAAGCAGCCCGCAAGUUUGUCCCAGACUGGCUGAGCAACUGGAUGGGCUCUGCAACCGCCAAACCUAUUCAGACCUCCAACCGGGGCGCACAAGACGCGGACCAAGACAGUCUUGACCUAUCCAAACCUGACGCCGCAAAUCUCGCAGACUCGAACUCCGACGUCAUCGCUCUGCGUCCUGUCUCGUUAGCCCUCCCACCUCACCCGUUAGCUAUACACGACCCAUACGACAGAUACGACAGAUACCCAGCCGUCCGUCCGAAGCCCAUCGGCGUCUCAUUCGGAUAAAUAGCCACCACCUCUUCGCAUGUGCAUGUGAAAUAUUUGUCUCCGUACCGUAUGAAAUCCCUGCACUUUGGUUUGAUCGUCCGUUCCGUCUCCGUGCAUCCGACCCGCGAGUCUGAGUUUGAAUCAUUCCGAGUCCAUGCUCUCCGAGUCGUCAUUCAAUCCUCAGAAACCAUCAAUUGAUCCACCCAUUCCCAUACCGUGCCUUCCACCCGAUCAUGACGCCGCACCAACGACUUCUUGAACCUUGACGAUCCCCAUUCUUCCACCAUCAGUACACAGUAACUUGGUUCCAUCUAUGUAUAUGUGUAUAUCAUCCGAUUCAUCGUUCCCACUUGUCAACUCUCCUCGGUUCGGCCUUUCAAUCUCGUUGUCGCUAUAUAUACAGUACAACACCGUUUUGUACUAUUUAUUUUCCUCUCAGUGUAUCGCCGCUUAUCCUUCUCCUCGUAGUCACCGUCAAUCAAUGUAAUGCGUACGUACAGCAUCUUAUUUCCCUACGUGUACUUUUAUUCCCGC